UCGGUGUCUACAGGAGGGCAUCUUUGCCCCUCUACCUUUCAUAGAAGUUGCCUUUGCUCGUUCUUGUCACCUUCCCCGGGGGCGUGGGGUGCAGUGGGGGCACCUUCCACUUUAAAGGAAAUCGAAACGCAGGCCCAACAAGGCAGCAAAGAGGUGCAGCUUCGAAGGAAACCAACUAGUUUCCUGUUUCUCCAAGACUCUUAGUUGGAGGCUGAUGAAGGCUGCUGGGAUCUAGCGGAGCGGAGGCAGGGACAGGCUAGCCAGGGAGGAGGGACUCCGGGGUGCGGUGGGGGGAGGGAGGCAGAGGAGAAGCCAGAGCAAGCGAGAGAAGAGAGAGCCGCCGGGCUUUGACUUAGAUAGUCACCAAAUUAAAAAAAAAAAAAAAAAAAAAACUGUAGCGACCAGGAAGGGAAAAAAAAUAGCAACGUGAUUGCAUGCGAGUUUCCCCACUCGUGCUCGGCGGGCGCCAGAGAGACACCAUGCAGCAUCCUCUGACGGGGGCCACCUGCGUGGCGCUCCCCAACGUGGGCAUGUGUCCCCAGCUAUCGUGUGCCUUGACUUUUAUGUACUUACAGCAGGGUAAUCAGGAAGCAGCGGCCGCCCCUGACACGAUGGCUCAGCCUUACGCUUCAGCCCAGUUUGCUCCGCCUCAGAACGGCAUCCCCGCGGAAUACACGGCCCCUCACCCCCACCCCGCGCCAGAGUACACCGGCCAGAACACCGUCCCUGAGCACACGUUAAACCUGUACCCUCCCGCCCAGUCGCACUCUGAGCAGAGCCCCGCGGACACCAGCGCGCAGACGGUCUCCGGCACCGCCACACAGACAGAUGACGCAGCACCGACGGAUGGCCAGCCCCAGACACAACCUUCUGAAAACACGGAAAACAAGUCUCAGCCCAAGAGGCUCCACGUCUCCAAUAUCCCCUUUCGGUUCCGGGAUCCCGACCUACGACAAAUGUUUGGUCAAUUUGGUAAAAUCUUAGAUGUUGAAAUUAUUUUUAAUGAGCGAGGCUCAAAGGGAUUUGGUUUCGUAACUUUCGAAAAUAGUGCCGAUGCGGACAGGGCGAGGGAGAAAUUACACGGCACCGUGGUAGAGGGCCGUAAAAUCGAGGUAAAUAAUGCCACAGCACGUGUAAUGACAAAUAAAAAGACCGUCAACCCCUAUACAAAUGGCUGGAAAUUGAACCCCGUUGUGGGUGCAGUAUACAGUCCUGAAUUCUAUGCAGGCACGGUGCUGUUGUGCCAGGCAAACCAGGAGGGAUCUUCCAUGUACACUGCCCCCAGUUCACUUGUAUAUACUUCCGCAAUGCCCGGCUUCCCGUAUCCAGCUGCCACCGCAGCAGCCGCCUAUCGAGGGGCGCACCUGCGAGGCCGUGGCCGCGCCGUGUACAACACCUUCCGGGCCGCGGCGCCCCCGCCCCCGAUCCCGGCCUAUGGAGGAGUAGUGUAUCAAGAGCCUGUGUAUGGCAAUAAAUUGCUGCAGGGUGGUUAUGCUGCAUACCGCUACGCCCAGCCUACCCCCGCCACUGCUGCCGCCUACAGUGACAGUUACGGACGAGUUUAUGCUGCCGACCCCUACCACCACACACUUGCUCCAGCCCCCACCUACGGCGUUGGUGCCAUGAAUGCUUUUGCACCCUUGACUGAUGCCAAGACUAGGAGCCAUGCUGAUGAUGUGGGUCUCGUUCUUUCUUCAUUGCAGGCUAGUAUAUACCGAGGGGGAUACAACCGUUUUGCUCCAUACUAAAUGACAAAACCAUAAAAACCUUCCAAUGUGGGGAGAAAGGAAGCUUUCCGAGGCCUGAGUAUUGCAAUACAUGCAGUAGUGCAUCAUUUUAGCAACUCUAAAAAAAGAUAAAAUAAAAAAGAGGAAAAAAUUACAUUUUUUAUCUUAUACCUCAGAUAUUUUGUUCUGUGUAUUUUAAUAUUGUGGGUCUUUCAUUUCUGAAGGUUCCGUAGAUUGGUUGCUGGCUGUAGGAGUUUUUUUGUGGGUGAUCUAGAGAGAUGCUAGUUAUGAAUAAAAAUUGGUUUAGGGCCAUAUCCAGAGUGCUAUAUUAUGUAAAUGAAUUAUAUAUGCUGAAUCUGAAGCUACUGGGGUUAAGCUGUCUGGGAAGAGUGUAAGUGACUAUAGUAGUCAUUUUUUUCUGCAUCUGCAUUAUUUUAUUUUGUGAAGGGGAAGGUCGGGAGGGGCUUAGGGGUUUGGGCCUGGGGUUUGGCUGAAAGAAAAAAAAUAUAUAGUAACUGAUGAAUCUAAACGACCCACUGCACCAACGAUCAUAUAUCAACGGUUCUAAGUUACUCAUUGCCAGUUCAAGCCAAAGGUUAUGUUGUUAAGGGGCUGCUUCUAGUAGCACUUGUGCAUUGGAUUUGAACGAAGCUGUGCAAACCCACCCUUAAAACCAUUCCACCCGGCAGUAUUCAGCUUCUUAACCAGCCGCUAGUUAUUUAGGCAAAAACUACUAGUUAGGCCAUCAACAAGUAUUCUUUUUAUAUUUCUUCCAGUAUAAUAAAUUAUUGAUAUCAUUGCUGACUUUUAUAUUAUGGGAGGGAAAAAUAACAUUAAUAAAAAGGUGAUAAAAAGCACUGUUUCUAUUUUUUUCUUUUUUUCCAAAAAAAAAGAAAGUAAUAAAAACUUAAAUUCUUUGUACCAGUUAAAAAAAUGUAUAAAAUUUACAUCUGUGCAGUGGAGUUGUUAAGUUCUAGAAACAGUCGAUGAAGCUUUAGUUUUAGCUUAGUAGAAACAACUGUUAGAGACAGACGUAUAAUUUUUAUGGAAUUACAUGAUAAUCAUAUUCGGAUUUAUAGACGCAUUUUACAAGUAUUGCAAUCAUUGAGUAGAGAUAAUCAUGGUAUUUUCAUCAGCUUGGUACUUUUUGAAACAUGACUACAUUGUGUGAGCAAACUGUAAUUUUUCAGUCUGUGAAAAGCCUGCCCUCCCAACUCUCUGCCACGCCCCAGGACUAUUUUAAACCAGUAUCUUUAGCUCAGUCUCCAAGGCCCAGGACACUUGUCAGAAGGAAGCAAAAAAAAAACAACUAGAUCCCCAUUCUUCAUCCCCAAAGAACAAGCCCCUCACCUUCUGUCGAAUGCAGGGCCAGAGCUACACAGCUGAAAAAUUGCAGCUUGUCUGUAUUUCUUCUGUUGGAACACUUCCCAUGUUGUCCUGUUUACAAGUUAACCUAAGUUGGGGUAUCUGUCACGGGUCUUCCUGUUUUUGUAUUUAAAUUUAAAAAAAAAAUAAAUAAAACAGCAGCAGCAAGCUGUCCCUGAGUAGUUCUGCUGCCAUACCUAAAUCUUCAUGUGUGCAGUGCAGGCCGUAUGUACGGCACGCACUUUAGUAAGUUAUCAACUCACCGCUGUGACCUGCCAAUCCGCUGUAACAACUUCGCUUUAAAACAAAACCAAACAAAAGUUUAAAAAAAAAAGUGUUUGUGAUCCAGCUUUUCCUUGUCAUCCUAUGUGCAUGCCGUAAGAUCAGUUGGAUAUUAAACCAUCAAUAAAGUUUCACAAGAUUUGAAAAUAAA